AUGACCAUAUCAAUGAGUCUCGAAAUAAGCACCUCGCAAGAGUUUCUUAAUGAACAUCGAAACGAGGAGCCUCGCAAAGAGCCUUGCAAUGUCCAUCGCUAUCAGCCUUGCAAUGAGCCUCGCAAUAAGUACCUCGCAAGGACCCUCGCAAAGAGCCUCGCAAUGACCUCGCACUAUAAUGACCACAAAUCUGAAUUGGAGGGCCAUGGCAUGAUGUUGAAUCCUGCAGGGAGGUCUUCACGCUGGCGUUACGAUUCGUCGGCGCCAACAAAUUACGAUGAUAAUUCUUUAUAUUGCGGUGGCUUAUGGAAACAAACCGAAAAUGGUGGAAACUGUGGACUCUGUGGAGAUGAUUGGAGUCUGGAUCAGCCACGCCCCAAUGAGCUAGGCGGAAAAUAUGGCAGUGGAGUGAUCGUGAAGAGCUAUGCCGGCGUUACCGAGGCAGAAAUUAGUGUUAAGAUUACAACAAAUCAUCUGGGAUAUUUCCGGUUCCACAUCUGCAACAUAGAUGAAAACGGCAGCGAGUCGGAAAAUUGUUUCAACCAGUAUCCCUUGAAUUUUAUCGAUGGAAACCAGAAAUACAGCAUCAACACAACCACCGGCGAUAUCCCAGUAACCGUAAAACUUCCCACUGAUCUCAACUGCAUUCACUGCGUUUUGCGAUGGACCUAUACGGCUGGGAAUAAUUGGGGCGUUUGUGAGGAUGGAACCGGGGCCUUGGGAUGUGGUGACCAGGAAACCUUUAAAAGCUGCGCCGAUAUCGGUGUACUGUCCUCGGCGAGAAGUAUCAUUCAGGAGGUGCCAGUGGAAGUGGCGGAAACAGUAUAA